AUGAGCGGAAUGGACAUGUAUGUUCCACCAGCAUUGCAUCCUCUUGUCAAUCGACCACCCACCGCUCCAUCGCAUCCUCCUACCGCCAAGAGCGAUACUCGCAAGCUGACAUGUCCUACCCGAUAGGCUCACCCAGCAAGAACAGCGCGAGUUGCAAUCCCGCGUGGAGAGGAAACAAAUGAAAGACUUCAUGAACUUGUAUUCCAACCUCGUCCAGCGCUGCUUCAACGACUGCGUCAACGAUUUCACAUCCAAGAGCCUCGCCAGUAAGGAGGAAGGCUGCGUCAUGCGGUGCGUGGAUAAGUUCUUGAAGAGCUCCGAGCGGUUAGGCGAGCGCUUCCAAGAGCAGAAUGCGCUCAUGGCGCAACAGGGCGGAAUGGGUGGCAUGGGACGAUAA